AUGGCCCAGCUUCCUGUCGCUCUUUACGGGCUCGAGAUCCCCCCUGGCGAUGUCCUCAUCCCCGCCAACCCCGACUUCCCUGCCACUUUCCGCAUUACCAUGGCCGCCAUUGAUCCCUCUGAGGCUCCCGAGGCCGAUGCCGAUGGCAACAUUCCCGCUGUCCCCCGCUCUACCCUGCGCCUUGUCAAGCAGCGCUUCGGUGACGACCUUGAGGCUGGUGAGGACGACGAGAUUGAUGAGGACUACCUCCAGUCUCUCAUUGACGCCAAUGGCGACGACGACGAGUCGUCUGAUGACGAUGACGAGCCCAACGGAGGUCCCAGCGAUCCCUCCAAGUCCAAGAAGCAGAAGCAGGCUGAGGCUCUGAAGAAGCUGAUCGAGGCUGUCGGCAAGGAGGAGUCCGACGAGGAGAUGGACGAUGCCAAGCCCAACGGCAAGUCCAGCAAGAAGGGCAAGGGCAAGGCCUCUGACGACGAUGAGGAUGAUGAGGAGGAGGACAGCGACGACGAGGAUGACGAGGGUCUUGACCUCGAGAACUUCGUCAUCUGCACUCUCGACACCGAGCGCAACUACCAGCAGCCGCUUGACAUCACCGUCCAGGAGGGUGAGAAGGUUUUCUUCGUUGUUUCUGGUACCCACACUGUCCACCUCACUGGUAACUACGUCAUCGACGACGAUGAGGAGGAGGGAUCCGACGAGGACGAGGAUGACGACGAGUACGACCUGUCCCCCGACGAGCUCGAGUACGGCCUGCCCGAUGAGGACAGCGACGAGCUUGACGACACUGACGACCCGCGCGUCAUGGAGGUCGACACCGACGAGGAGGAGGCCCCCAAGCUGGUUGAGACCAGCAAGAAGGGCAAGAAGCGCGCCGCCGAGAGCCUCGACGAUCUCAUCAAGGCCGAUGACGAGACCAAGCUCUCCAAGAAGGACAAGAAGAAGCUCAAGAACAACAAGGGUGAGGCCGUCGCCGCCGAGGAGAAGACCACCCCCAAGUCCGACAAGAAGGUUCAGUUCGCCAAGAACCUCGAGCAGGGCCCUACCGGCUCCGCUGAGAAGGCGAAGCAGGCCGGCGGUGUCAAGAUCGUCCAGGGUGUGACCGUUGACGACCGCAAGCCUGGCACUGGCCGCACUGUCAAGAACGGUGACACCGUCGGUGUCCGCUACAUUGGCAAGCUUGAUGACGGCAAGGUCUUCGAUGCCAAUAAGAAGGGCAAGCCUUUCACCUUCAAGGCCGGCAAGGGCCAGGUCAUCAAGGGCUGGGACAUCGGUGUCAUCGGCAUGGCCAUCGGCGGUGAGCGUCGUCUCACAAUCCCCGCCAACCUCGCCUACGGCAACAAGAGCCUGCCUGGCAUCCCUGCCAAGAGCACCCUGACCUUCGACGUCAAGCUCCUCGAGAUCAAGUAA